GCAGGAUUAUGAUUCCCACUGUCGCAGAUUUGCACUGAAUAGGUUGAGACCCUCCCGAUUCAAAAGGAAAAGUUGGUUAGCCUUGUUUUGUACCAUUUUUGUCUCUAUUUUGGUUACUGUUUUUAAAGGGAGACAUGGAAGGCCUUUGUCUGUUGCACCGGUACUUGUAACAGAGGUACCAACAAAGGGAAGGUGCUGUGGAUGGAGGAUGCAUUGAAGGGUCUGGAGACACUCGUGGAGUGGCUUAGACCCCUUGCUCAGACUAGGGCUUGGGAAUACUGUGUUGUUUGGAAAUUAGGAGACGAUCCCUCAAGGUUCAUUGAAUGGAUAGGUUGCUGUUGUAGUGGUGGAGUUGAUGGGGAUGAGAAUGUGAAAGAAGAACCAGGUGAGGAGCACCACUCGAGCCCCCUAUGCAGGGAUGUCCAUUUUGAGCACCCCAUGAGGACAAAGGCCUGUCAGGCUCUUGCUCAGCUUCCUUCUUCUAUGCCACUGUAUUCUGGGUUUCAUGGGGAGGUUGUGAUAUCAAACCAACCGAGGUGGAUUUUUUCCGAUGCUAAUUCCUCAAAUUCAGCUACUUCAAAUGAUUCAUUGGGAACCCAAGUUCUGAUCCCAGUUGUUGGUGGGCUUGUUGAGCUCUUUGCCACGGAACAUAUACCAAAAGAUCAAAAGUUCAUAGAGUUAAUUACAGCUCAGUGUACCAUCUCUUUUGAUCAAGAAGCCAUGAGUGCCUGGAGCUAUGCUAAUCCGAACCUCAGUGGCAAUCAUCUUGAUCCCGUGCGUGAAGAUUACUUACCAAAUUGGCCACUUCCCCUGCACUUGCCAAGUUUGAAUCCCAGGAUACAGGCUCUUCCACCAGUGAUCCAUUCCAGCUCCUAUUCAUGUGUAGAUAGAUCAUCCAGUGGUUCCAAUCCUUCGCAUGAAUACCCAUCACUAGAUUUAGAUUCUUGUCAGAUAUCUCUGCAUGGUGCUAUAAAUCAGUCAAUUGGCAAAUCUUCUGGCUCUAAAAAGGCCAAGUACAGUCAGUGUUCAUUGAAGCGACGGACAGGAUCGAUUGCAAAUGGUAGAAAUAUGGUAGAAAACGAUGAAACAAAAGUUAUAAAGAAGCAAGAAAGAGAACAAUACCAUUCAAAAAAUUUGGUCACAGAGAGAAAUAGAAGAAACAGGAUAAAAGACGGGCUCUUCACCCUGCGCUCGUUAGUCCCAAAGAUAUCCAAGAUGGAUAGAACUGCUAUUCUUGGAGACGCAAUUGGGUAUAUACAAGAGUUGGAGGAGGAAGUGAAGCAACUUCAGGAUGAGCUCAUGGAAAUGAAUGAAGAGGACAGCAGGAAGAAUGAAUCGGAGUUGAAGAUCUCAACGUCAGACCAAAUACAAGGCAGCGCCACCACACCUUUGCCACCUACUCAGCGGAACCAGGGCUUGUCCAGCUCUGGAGAAAAGAAGAAAACAGAGGUGCAAGUUGAAGUGAACCAGAUAAGCCAAAGAGACUUCUUGAUUAAAUUCUUCUGCGAGCAUAAGCGAGGUGGGUUUUCAAGGUUGAUGGAAUCUUUACAUUUGCUAGGGCUUCAAGUAGCUGAUGCAAAUAUCACCACAUUCUAUGGCAAGGUCCUGAAUAUUCUCAAGGUUGAGGCAAAGAAGGACAUUCAACUGAAGAAGCUGAGGAGCUCUUUGAUCGAGCUAACAAACUAGAGACUAUAAAAUCAGACAUGGUCGGAGUUCAUGAAGUGGAGCGUAUGCGACUUUCUUCCCUUCUAAGAGAUUAUAAAAUCUCCCACUCAUGUGUUGCCUUUAUACAAGAAACUACCCCCAUGUUUGUGUCACCAGUCCACCACCCUUACUGUUCAUAUAUUUAGAGAAGAUUGUUUUCUCAGAUAAAUGACUUUUUGCUACCAAUAUUUUCUUUCUUGCGAUUUGUUUAAAUCAAUUUUGUGCAAUU